UAAUGUUGAGUGAGAUUCAUGAUUAAGCAAAUUUAAAUUGGUUUUAGUGUCAAUUGAUUAGUUUGGUUUGAUUUGUGUUGGAAUAUUUUGAUUACUUUUUACUUUUACUUUUUACUGUUGUUAUAUUUUGUUUUGUAGUCAAGUGUUUAUAUUGGUGAUUGGAAAAUGUUCCGUAAUCAGUAUGACAAUGAUGUUACCACUUGGUCGCCCCAAGGGAGACUUCAUCAGGUUGAAUAUGCAAUGGAAGCUGUUAAACAAGGAUCAGCUACAAUUGGAUUAAAAAACUCAACUCAUGCUUUGUUAUUGGCAUUGAAACGAAGUACAUCAGAAUUAAGUGCUCAUCAGAAGAAGAUUAUUCCAAUUGAUAACCAUGUUGGUAUUUCGAUUGCCGGUUUAACAGCUGAUGCUAGAGUUUUGUCUCGAUUCAUGAGAAAUGAAUGUAUCAAUGAAAGAUAUUCACAUGAUACAUGUUUACCAAUUAAACGAUUAGUUGAAAUUCUUGGUAAUAAAAUGCAAAGUUCAACACAAAGAUACGAUCGACGUCCGUACGGUGUUGGUUUACUAAUUGCUGGUUAUGAUGAUAAUGGUCCUCACAUUUAUCAAACUUGUCCAUCAGCAAAUUAUUUUGAUUGUAAAGCGAUGGCUAUUGGAGCUCGAUCACAAUCAGCGAGAACUUAUUUGGAGAAAAAUUUGGAUAAAUUUGGAGGAUGUGAUUUAAAUGAACUCAUUCGACAUGGAUUACUUUCUUUACGUGAAUGUUUACCAAAUGAUUUAGAAUUAAAUGUGCGAAAUGUGUCAAUUGGUCUUGUUGGCAAAGGGCACGAAUUUACAGUUUAUGAUGAUGAUAAAGUGAGUAAAUGGUUGGAUUUACUGUCCGAGAGUGAAAGGAAAGGCCGAGGUGCAGGAAGUGCGGGUGCUGGUGGUGAAGGUGGUCCUGGGGGCAGUGAUGCUGCUCCUGCUUCCGGUACUUCGGGUGCUGCUGCUGCUGAUCAACAAGGGGCAGGUGAAGGUAUGGAUGCUCAGGGAACUGAACCUCGACCUGGUGAUCCACAAGUAGCUCCAGAUGAUACAAUGGCAGUGGAUUAAAUUGAUUCUUAUGAUUAUUAUUAUUCCAAAAAGACUCAAAAAUAACAAUUAUUGUAAUCUAAUAAUUGUAUUCUAAUUGAUUCUAUUGGAAAACUAAAACUAAAUCUAAAUCUAAAAACAACAAAUUGAUGUUCUCAUGUUGAAUAACAAAAUUCACAAAAUCA